AUGUUCACUUGCGCUAGUUGUGGUUCCGAGCACACCGACGGCCCGAUCUGUAGUGGCUGCAAUCAACACUAUGACUAUCAAUGCGCUGGAGUCACUGAAGUUGGUUACCGAAGACUCGGUGAUAGUAGGAAGAACGCUUGGCGCUGCCCAAAAUGUAAGUCAACAUCCCCUUCUCUGCCUGUAUCUCCCCAGCCUAGCCAGCUCGACAAAAUGCAGGAACAGCUCAACAAGAUUGCCCUUGACCUGGCUCCAUUGGCUGCGUUGGUUGCAGACGUGAAAUCCAUAAAACUGGAGCUCUCCGGGCUCAAGGACUCCAUUGAGAUGGCCCACGACUCAAUAAACGGUUUCUCCGAAAAAGUAAAGUCUCUCGAGUCAAAGGUAAUCACGAUGGAGAAAAUGGCGGGUCAAAUACCAAUACUCCAGGAGGGAAUUGACAAGUUAAACCGAGAAUCGCGUGACAGAGACCAAUGGGCAAGAGCUAAUAAUGCCGAGAUCAAAGGAAUACCGCAGAAAAAAGAUGAAAAUUUGUAUGAUAUAGCACAGAAGAUCGGAAACCUUUGCAACAUCUCUAUACGAAGGGAGGACAUAAAUUAUAUUGCACGUAUACCAACUCGCAUCUCCAACGUAGAUAAGCCGAUCGUAGUUGCUUUUAACAGUCGCUAUACCAAGGAGGAAUUCGUGGCUUCUGCGCGCAAUAGUAAAUUGCUGAACAUAUCCAAUCUAGGAUUUUCUUCGGCUGCCAACUUCUACGUCAAUGACCAUUUAACUCCCAGCAAUAAGUCACUUCUAAACAAGGCAAAAGCCCUUGCGAAAGAAAAUAAUUUUAAAUAUAUUUGGGUAAAACACUGCAAGAUCAUGGCAAAAAGGUCGGACACUGCGUCUACAUUUUUUAUAAAAUGCGAGGAAGACCUUUUAAAAAUUGCAAAUCAUCAACUGUAG